AUGAAUUUUUCACCAUUCGGGACACACUUUCCCGGUGCGAUACCGGGAAUCCAUCAGUUUGCCAGCUCGGGGCUGGUAACGAGCGUACCGACGACUUCGCACGACUCCACCAAUCGAUACCAUUCCAUCAAUUCGAACGUCAACAUGGCCCACUUCAACCAAAGCCAUGCUCCAAUUCUGGGCAAGUUCCAUCGGGACAGUCAGGAGUCGGGCGGAAAUGCGGGCGGUGGCGGUGCGGGCUCCAACAAAUACAACGGUCAUUCGGCGGGUUCGGGCAAUGCAUCCAUCCCGACGACGACGACCAGCGGUGGGACGGGCCAGUACACUAACCCCUACAGCCAGCAUUCGCACGUGGCGGAACACAAACAGCGCAACAUGUACCAUCAGUCGUCCGUCGGCAAUAGCUCAACCGGCGGCAGUAACGGCCAGAGUGCCCAGGAGCUUAGUCAGGACAUCAGCGCGCUUCUGCAGCAGGCGGACAGCAAGCGUGUGCUGCAAAACCCGAGCUGGCAAUCGCUAACACCGGGCGCAUCGGUCGCCGACUAUCUGUCCCAUCUUCCGGGCAGUGCACUACCUCUCUCGCUGCACCACUUCCUGAAAUACUCGGCGGAAAACAUCAAGAAGGAAGCUCAGAAUCCACUCACCAGUCUCGAUAUGUCACAGGCACAGUCCCAAGCGCACGGCACUGGUGGUGGUGGUGGACACGGGAGCAAUAAUGGCGCGGGAAUGAUUCUGCCAGCAUCACAAACCAUCGCGAGCAUUCUCGGCCAUCCGGGUCAGCCGUCCCAGCAGCAGCAACAGCACGGCCAACCCCAAGCGGGUCUUGGUGGGCACCAAGCGGGCGGAGGUGUACAAGCAGCGGCGGCUACCUCUUCCACCGGUGGGGCCGCGAAUGCUGCUGCCGGAUCCGGAGCAGACGCGACCACCGAUAAGAAGAAGCGAAAGAAGAAGAAGAAACCGCCGAAGGAGCGUAAACCCCGUCCCAAGCCGGGCGAAAUCCAGGUCAGGACGGCCCUGGACGGGAGUCUGCUGUUCCUGUGUCCCGAGUGUCAGAUGGCGUACCCGGAGCGGGAGCUGCUCGAGCAGCAUUUGAUCGGACACAAUCUGGAGCGCCGAUUCAUCUGCGACAUCUGCAACGCGGCACUGAAGCGGAAGGACCAUCUGACGCGCCACAAGCAAAGCCACAACCCGGAACGUCCGUUCGCGUGCACCAUUUGUUUGAAAGCGUUCAAGCGCAAGGAGCAACUGACGCUUCACUUUGUCAUCCAUUCCGGCGAGAAGCGGCACGUGUGUCAGGAGUGUGGGAAAGGCUUCUAUCGAAAAGAUCACCUAAGAAAGCAUACCCGAUCGCACAUCGCCCGACGAUUGAAAGCGGAGCUAAGCCAACAGCAGGGUGGUAACGGAACGGAAGCGGGUACCUCUCCCAGUACCUCCCGAGCUGGACAGAACCAAGCACAAAUCACGGCUGCCGCCCAACAACAGCAACAACAAUCGGCACAACAGCAAUCCCCCAUGCAACAACCUCAGCUGACCACCGCGAACCAACAGCUACAGCCACCGCAGUAUCACUCCCUCACGCAAGCACCGGGCCAGUCACAGAUGAUGUCGUAAGAUGCCGAAGGAGGCCGCGCAAGUCCCGCACACUAGCUUAAGUAAUUAUUGUCCAAAAUAUCCCACGCACGGCUCUUCUGAUAAGCAACAUUGCAUCAAAAAGGUACAGAAAACAAUAUAUUAUUCUCCCCGGUUACUGGUGGUUAGGCUAUUUGCAACAAAAUGUCCCGCAGUUGGGAUGGGCUGGAUCGAAGCCAUUUUGUGUAUGCGUGUGUGUGUGUUCGUGAGCAACCCUUGGCCCUCGUUGGUCAGGGUUGUGGAGAACCGGAUAGUGUAAGUAAAUAUUUCAUAAAACAAACAAUGAAGCGACAAAAUGACUCACUCACUCAAACGGCCCGGGAAAUGUCUCGUGAUGCUCGUCGGAAAAUUCUUGAGAUUUGUUCAACCGGGGUAGUAUAUAUGCGAUAGAGAGAAAAUAAGCCGACACCGCCGUGUACAAAGCUAGCUGUUAACAGAGGACAACGGAUGUACUUAACGGAGUUUGCUUUAAGUUAACAUACCUUCUCAUACAACAAAAGGGAAGCCCUCGCUCAGGUGAAUACAGAUUGUAGUAGGGAACUAUUUUAAAAAACGACAGGUCGAGCCAUUAGCUGUAUAGAUAGUGAGAGACUCUUAACCGGAGGGGGAUAUGGGUUCGAGAGUCACGCGCUCCUUGGUUCUAGGUGAGGUGAGCAAAGGUAGAUAAAAUUACACCUAGUACUAGUAUCAUUAGUGCACAGCUAGUCUGAUUACUCUAGUCCCAUUUUAGGCGUAUCUUUGGCGGGUGGGCACACAAAAACAAUACCUAACCUUAAUGCAUUAUUCAACCAAACACAAAAAUCCUAGACGUAAUUGCAGGGACGACGUGCAAAACAACGCAGGGGGGGCCUUCAGUACCCCGGGCGGCUGGCUAGUUGA